AUGGACGCGCUCCUGACUUCCUUUGAAGAUGCCUGGACCUCGGCCCCCGAACAAAACAAACCGCCCGUCACCCACGCACAUCGCAGGAAAAUGGCAGGAACAGCCAUCAGACCAUGGACACCUCAGCUCCUUCCCAUCAGUGAAAGUUUACCCCCAGUGCCUUCUCCUGACGUGCAGUUCACCAGUGAUGACCCUAGAAACCCAAGGAACAAAAAUGUCACCCCAGGCCCCAGUGCCUCCUCACUCCCCAGUGCUCAUCUCCCAUCAGCCGUACCUACCCCUAGUGCAAGUGCUCCCAAACCAACCACCGUGAAGCCCAUCUCUCCGUGCAAAACCUCCAAUACUCCUAGUACCCUCCUGCCAAAAUCGCAACUUGUGAAACCCCUCUCCGCCCCUACACCCCCGGCAGCUCCGCGCGCGAAACCCAACACCCCCAGUGCGGUCAAGCCUACAUCGCCCGCAGUGAAACAUGUCUCUACCCCUACAAUUCCACCACCCCAGUGCCCCAGAAAACCCAACACCCCCAGUGCGGUCAAGCCUACAUCGCCCGCUGUGAAACUUGUCUCUACCCCUACAAUUCCACCACCCCAGUGCCCCAGAAAACCCAACACCCCUGCUGAAGUCAAGCCUACAUCGCCCGCCGUGAAACAUAACUCUUCCUCUAAAAUUCCACCAACUCAGUGCGCCAAAUCGCCACACGCCAAAUCCACCCCUAGCUCCAAACAGUCGAGCACCCCUCAAUCAAAACCACGGACUUCACAAAUACGAACAGCCAAUAACGCACCCUUGGUCUCACGUCCCAAGAAGAAUACCCCCAAGGCCACAACGGACGCUCCCAGCACCAAACCGCCGGCACCAGCCCCUGGAAAACCAGCAACUACAUGGAAAAUUCCGAAAAAACGAAAGUCACCAUCCGAGUUAUUCCUUGACCUAGGCUUGGACCUACCAGACCUGCUAUCUCCACUUAACUCGCCCAUCCCCGCACCUCCGCCAUCUUCCAAUGAACUUCCACCGGCCAAGACUCCGCCAUUCUCCUCACCCCCGAUUCCGGAACACGCCGCUACUCCCUCCACAGCGGAAUCACCAGCAACACCAGGUACUUCCAUGGCAGCGCCCCUAGAGCCAGAGCCCCUACCUAUUUAUGCCGCGCCCUUCCAGACCUCCUUCCCUACUCUCAGUCACUACCCACAAUCAGCCCAAUUUCUGUAUGCCCUCUCCUCCCUGCUAGGCCCCUUACACUACUCUCCAGCCCAACCUGAAUAUUUUCCAUCACUUCAACCCACACCGCUCCCUGAACCAUGGGUUCAACCAUACACCCCCACCCCGCUGACCGCUUCCAUCCCAGUCCACACAGGAUUCUCUGGACCCACACGGACCAGCAGAAGGGCUGGAAAACGCGUACAGCGCAAAAGGCAGCGUUACGCAACUUCCUCAACCCCUUAA